AAAGGCUCUGUGUGUUUAUGGGAGCCUCUUUUGCAAGAUCUCACAAUAAAAUGUGACUCUCCAACGCUCAAUCACUCCAACAUUCCUUCCUGUUUGUCGUCAUGGUGCCAGCGGGACAGCUCCACUAUAUAAGGUCCUCCUCUUCUGAGUCCUGAGCCAGAACGACAAAGAGAUCACAACAUUCUGCUAUACCACAGCCAGAGAGGAGGGAAGAUUCAACCCUGAAACAAAGGACCCAAAUCAGCUUCAACAAGGCGACGAAACACUUUUUGGACUGCAGAUAAUUUUGAUUCUGCUACUUCUUCUGCUUAACAUCAAGAUGACCAAUCUGUCAGAGAGUGCUCUUAUUGUCUUCUUCUUUACAACACAGGUGUUUAUAUUAGCCUGGUCUCAGGCAUGUCCUCGGAGAUGCCAGUGCCCCAAGGAGCCCCCCAUGUGUCUCCCAGGGGUGCCUCUGAUCCUGGAUGACUGCGCCUGCUGCCUGGUGUGUGCCCGUCAGAAAGGGCAGCUGUGCUCUGAAAUGUACCCAUGUGACACACGUAAAGGGCUGCAGUGUGAAUACACAACCGAUAUCCACAAGAGGACUGGCAUCUGUGCUGCUCACGAGGGAAAUGUUUGUGUUUUGGACGGUUCGGUCUAUCAGAAUGGCCAGAUAUUUUUCCCCAGCUGUAAGUACCAGUGUAUGUGCCGUGAUGGGCAAAUUGCCUGUGUGCCACGAUGCAACGUGGACGUGAUGCUGCCAGGGCCAGACUGCCCCAUGCCACGAAGGGUCCAGGUGCCUGGAGAGUGCUGCGAGAAGUGGGUGUGUGAGCCCCAGGCUGAGGCUAGCGCACUGGGUGGCUUUGCCAUGGCAGCCUAUCGUCAGGAGGAAACAGUAAGCUUUGACGGUUGGGAUUCCAGCCAGAACUGCAUUGAGCAGACCACCGAGUGGGGUGCCUGUUCUCAAACCUGUGGCAUGGGCUUGUCCACCAGGGUCACCAAUAAGAACCGUCGGUGUGAGUUGGUGAAGCAGAACCGACUGUGCAUGAUCAGACCCUGUGAGGACCAGCAGGACCAGACACAGCUGACACAGCUGGCACCAAAGAGAGGCAGUAAGUGCCAGAGGUUGGUUAGGAGUGACACAGCCAUCCACCUCACCUAUAAGAACUGCACCAGCAUACAGGCCUACAAACCUCGUUACUGUGGCUCCUGCACAGAUGGCCGCUGCUGUACCCCCCACAGAACCAAGACUGCCCUUGUGGAGUUCCAGUGUGCUAAUAGUAGAACCACCAGGAGGCCAGUCAUGGUGAUCCUGACCUGUGUCUGCCACAGCCACUGCCCCCAAGACAACGCUGUGUGGCAGUCACCCGAGGUGGGCAUGAGGUUAUAGGUCUUGAAGUCAGUCCAACAUACUAAUGAGGUUACAACAAACAGUAAGCUAAGAGUAAAUUCAGGAAUUCCUGUGAACUGAAGGGGAAUGGUAUUCUCUUCAUUAUGAAAUAUGCAGUUGCAUUAACUCUAACUAACUAAUUUUGAGUUUAUCCACAAUAUAAAAUAUGCAGUACAAUAGUCAUAAAACUGUAAAAUAUAUAUAUAUAUAAGGCCUUAUAACUGUAACAUACCCACAGUGUUUAUUAUAGUCUGAAUCCUGUUUUGAAGUUGAAGGGAAUUAGCUCUGUAUCGCUCUCCUGGUGAGGGAUCUAAUUGUGUAACAUCCUGUGGAGAAAGAAGUGUCAUCUUCACCAUUGUUGAGCACAAUCAAAGCACUUAAACCUUAUACUGAUUCUCUCCACUUGUGGAGAUCAGGUGGAGUACACCACCACCACUAUUCACAAGAGACUUGUUGUAGAUCCUCUUGUGUACUUGGAGGAGAUUUUAAAGGUUAACUUAAAACAGCCUCUUUUCAAGAGGACAAACAGUAUGAGGGUAUACAGUCACAGGGUAGUAUAGACAUAAGGAGACAUAAGAGGGUCAUGGUACCUUGAAGCCUUCCAACCAGAUCGUUUGAUUGACAGUUGGGUCGGCCAGUCAGGCAUGAGUAUUUUAGACCAUGAAAGAACUUGAAACAGCAGUGUGUUUUGCUCAGACUAAAUUAUGUAUGUCCUCAUUCAGAAUAGUAUAACACUUGGUCAUCUUAAAAAAUGCUGUAAUCCCAUUGCAUCCCAGAUUACAGUUUUUACCGUGCCUGCUAACUGAGAGUGCCAUGGCAAUUUUUCAACAACGACACAUUUUUGGGAUAACUUGAAUGUGUACUUUGACUUGGUCCAAACCGAGGGCUCAACCUAUGAAAGAGAGGUCACUGUGGUGACUUUGUGUCAUUUCUAACAUUUGCCUGAAAUCUCACUCUUGCUGAAACGGAUCAUAUCUAUGUUCUCGUCAAAAAAAUGCAAAUGUGUUUUUUGUUUGUUCAUUUUGUUAAAUGUAGUGCACCUAAACAGCUGUUUUUAUGACAAAAGUUUUGUAAAUACUUGCUGUGUAGCUUGUUUGACUGAGAGUGUAUCAAAUACACAGCUUGAAGUAACAAUGUAAACCUGAAUUGUAUAUACAAGUAUGUGGUAUGAUUUUUGUUACAGCUUCAAUUGUACUUCACACUACUUGUUUCUGCAAA